AUGCUGACAGCAACUUUGAUCUCUCUUGAUAUAGCUUUUAAAAAAACAAUGACCUAUAACUGUGACACGCUACUUUGUUGACGGUAUUUCUUGGGAAGUAUUAUUCACCAAACGACCUAAAAAUACUUUUAUAUUUGGUUCUAUUUCCUUGCGGGUCCUUUAAGAGUAUAGUAAACAGGUUUGGCAGGUGUAUCGGAAGUGAAACACCGUCGCUUUUAACUUCUCUUACCUGCACCAGGUGAGACUGCAUAAAAGUCAACUUUAAACUUCGAGAAGUCUCCGGUCCUGGCGUAUAAAGAUCGUUUUUUGAUAGAAUGAAUAACCCGAUUCCUGCUAACCUAAAGUCUGAGGCCAAGAAGGCCGCCAAGAUCCUCAGAGAGUUCACAGAAAUCUCCAACAGAAUGGGCCCUGACAAACUUAUUCCAGCUCAUGUCAUUGCCAAGGCUGAAGGACUGGCCAUCCUGUCAGUCUUCAAAGCGGGUUUCAUGAUCACUGCGAGGGGCGGCAGUGGGAUCGUGAUCGCAAGACUCUCUGAUGGAAGAUGGUCUGCUCCUUCAGCCAUUGGCAUUGCUGGACUUGGUGGAGGAUUUGAAAUUGGCCUUGAGUCAUCAGAUUUUGUCAUCAUCCUGAAUCAGAGGAGAGCUGUGGAUGCUUUUAGUAAAGGGGGGAAUCUUACUCUUGGAGGAAACUGCACUGUGGCUGUUGGGCCUCUUGGCAGGAAUUUGGAGGCAGAUGUGGCGUUUCGCAGUACAGCGGCUGUCUACUCGUACUGCAAAUCUCGUGGUCUUUAUGCUGGAGUGUCCCUUGUUGGUUCCUACCUCAUCGAACGCAAAGAAGCCAACCGAAAGUUUUAUGGCCAAGACAUUCGUGCUUCUGCUAUUCUCAAUGGAGAUGUGGAACCCCCGCCUGAAGCAUAUGAUUUGUACACCAUUUUGCAGGACUACACAGAGAAAUACACUAGUGACUGGCAGAACAAAUACAUGCAAGGCUCAAGCAAGGUCACUACGAGUUCAGCUCCAGUUAGACCAAGGCCUCCCUCGCAGAGAGCUGCCUCCUCUUUUUACACACCCAAGGCACAGGCUUCUCCAGCUGUGAAGCCAGUUCUGUAUCCAAGCUUAAACAACUGGGAUACCGAAAGCUCAGAUCAAGCGUCAGGUGGCACUUUAGUGGUCACAGCUGUGCAUCCGUUCACCGGUCAGCAGCCUGGAGAUCUGAGCUUUGUUGCAGGAGAUCGUAUCACUGUUAUCACCAAAACCGACUCGCAGUAUGACUGGUGGGAAGGAGAACUAAGAGGGCAGGUUGGGAUCUUCCCAGCUAAUUUUGUGUCUUAUAGCUGAAAGUGCUUAAAACGGUGACAAAUGAUGUCUGGCAUUGAAGGCUCCUGUUCUUUUGCACAGUUUGAAAUGACGUUUAUGAUAAAGGUGUUUAUAUUUAGGAGCACUUGGGGUCAGUAUUCCUCUUAAAAGCUGUAUUAAGGGAUGACAAGGGGUGUGUUUUCAACGUGACCAGCAUUGGUUAAAUAUAUUCUUCAUUUCGCUUUGGCCGUUCAGUUAUUGGUAUGUGGGUUGACUGCUUAAGGGUUCCCAUUUUAUUAGUUAUUAGUCCAUUUUUAGUUAUGCUAUGGUUUAGAACCAAACUUGAAUGCAAUUAUGCUUUUUUAUGUGUACACAAAGACACUGUGGUAUAUGAAAUGAAGUUACUCCAUGUGUGAAAUAUGAUAGCACAAUGAUUUGCCAUCUGUAAAAACACAGUGGCACACGGCUGGUUGGUGUGCCAUUUUUAUUAUUAUCUCAUAAUAACACUGCACAGCUGAUGCGAACAAAUGUUAAUACAAAUUAAUAAUCUACAUUGUUCAAAACAAGCCUUAUUUAUAGUUUUCUGAACUAUUAACUUUUAUUUAUCCUUACAUAUGUCUUGUACUGUUGCUCGUGGGGGAAAAAAAGAAGUUUUUAAAGAAGUUUUUGAAUGGUUGCUUUCAUUGCUUUCAUUUAUUGCCGUUUGCACAAAAGAAUGAUUGUUUUCCCACUGGUUUUAAAUGAAAUUUACUGUAUAUCAGUUCAAAUAAAGAUUAUUUCCUACA